GAGCGCGACGGCGCCGUCAUCGUCGAGGACAUGCUGUCGCCGGAGACGCUGGCGAAGCUGCGGGACGAAACGGAGGCGUCCUUCCGCGCGACGGCGCCCGGCACCGCCGCCGACGACGCGGACGUGGCCGAGUUCUGGGGCGGCAACACGAAGCGGUUCACGCGCCUCGCCGCGCGGUCGCGGACGUUUCUGGAUCGCGUCCUCGUGCAUCCGCUGCUCCUGCGCGUCGCCGACGCCGAGCUCCUGCCGCACUGCGCGCAGUACUGGAUGAACACGGGCCAGAUGAUGUGCAUCGGCCCCGGGUCCCGGGCGCAGUGGCUCCACCGCGACGCCGAGAACUGGGGCCACUUCUGCGACGGGCCGAAGAGCAUCCCCGUGACCGUGUCGUGCAUGUUCGCCGUCACGGACUUCAAGGCCGAGACGGGCGCGACGCGCGUCGCGCCCGGGAGCCACGGCUGGCGCGACUUCCGGACCGAGGCGCGGCCGGACCAAAUCCUCCAAGCCGAGAUGAAAUCGGGCAGCGGUUUGAUCUAUUCCGGCAAGGUCGUCCACAGCGGCGGCGCGAACGCGACGGCGGACGAGCGCCACGGCCUACAUCUGAGCUUCUGCAGCGGCUGGCUCACGCCCGAGGAGGCGGGCUGCGUCGGCUUCCCGCUGGAGAGGGCCAAGGACCUCACGCCGACGCAGCGGCGCCUCCUCGGCUAC